AUCCCCUUCCGUGUUUUUUCGUUUUAAUAACACUUCCUGCUUUCGCAGCUUGAAGUGUAGCAUUUACCGUUAGUCUACUUCUUAUUUAUAAACGCGAAAUAUAUUUCCAUUUAAAAAUGAACACAGUAUUAUCGAGAGCGAAUUCUCUCUUCGCGUUUUCGCUAAGCGUAAUGGCAGCUUUGACGUUCGGCUGUUUUAUCACGACUGCCUUCAAAGACCGUAGCGUGCCGGUGGAUAUCCAUGUCUCCAGAGUAAUGCUGAAAAACGUGGAUGACUUCACAGGACCCAGGGAAAGAAGCGAUCUGGGGUUCAUAACGUUUGACCUCUCAGCUGAUCUGAAGCCCAUAUUCGACUGGAAUGUCAAGCAGCUCUUCCUCUAUCUGUCUGCUGAGUAUGCCACCAAGAGCAAUGCUCUGAAUCAGGUGGUUCUCUGGGACAAGAUUGUGCUGAGGGGAGAGAGCACCAAGCUCAACCUGAGAGACAUGAAGUCCAAGUACUUCUUCUUUGAUGAUGGAAACGGUCUUCGGGCCAACAAGAACAUCACGCUGACGUUGUCCUGGAACGUGGUGCCCAACGCCGGCAUCCUGCCUCUGGUCAUGGGAGCCGGGCGCAUGUCCGUCCCAUUCCCCGAAUCCUAUGAGACCACCAAGAGCUACUGAGUGCCGCUGUCGUUUGACUUUUUAAUAAAAGCGUACAUUUGUAAAUGGUCUGAUUGUCUGCGGUUUGAGUGCUGCCGCAGUCUAAACACGGAGUGAUUUGGACUGGCCUAUUAAACAACCCUGCUAGCAUGCUACCUAGUAGGUAGGAAUACACUGGGCACACAUUGUAAGUUGUAUGUUAGUGUGGAUAUUGGGACAUUGUGGAGCAGAUUGACUUGGUAACCACAAUGUCAGACUGUUCCUGCGUGUAGCUUUACGGCUGUACUUGGACCUGGACAGUAAAACAAACAGCAAAUGGGAAAUUGUUAAAUAAUUCCUUCUUUGUUUCUUCCCUGUAUGUGUUGCCUUUGUUAUAAAAAAAAUAUUCUGAAAG